CACUUUCCUUUCCCACCAUUUGUUCCCUGUAAUGCUUCAACAUCCCAAUUUCAUCAAUGUACGGACAGUCCCAGCCCAUUAAUGUCUCGGCUCCGAUCUCCGACUCCGGCACCGACGUCUGCGACGAUGUUUCAGCGUCGGCGUCCGGUGAUAAUCACCGAAACAUUAGUUACGACACUCACCCUCUUGACAACGGCAUCGGAGUUGAAGGCGUCACCACCGAUCCCCUGUAUGCAACAGCCGCAGCUGCUUCAGCCUCUGACUUGGCUAUCGUUCAGCGAGCCGACGAUGCAAGCCAGCUCACUCUCUCGUUUCGCGGUCAGGUCUAUGUAUUCGAUGCAAUUACUCUGGAUAAGUUCCACGCGGUGUUAUUACUGCUAGGGGGAUGUGAACUGACUUCAGGUCCCCAUGGUGUUGAAAUGUCAUCUCAGAACCUAAGGGGUGGUUUGGACUUUCCGAGAUCUAAUCAACCACACAGGGCAGCUUCGUUAGAUAGGUUUCGUCAGAAGAGGAAAGAGCGAUGCUUUGAUAAGAAAGUCAGAUAUGGUGUUCGCCAAGAAGUUGCUCUUAGGAUGCAGCGUGAUAAGGGUCAAUUUACAUCUUCCAAGAAGUCUGAUGGAACUAAGAGCUCGGGUACUCAGGACAAUGAUAAACUAUCAGAUACUUCGUGUACUCAUUGUGGCAUCAGUUCAAAUUCCACCCCGAUGAUGCGACGUGGACCAUCUGGUCCAAGGUCUUUGUGCAAUGCUUGUGGACUUUUUUGGGCAAAUAAGGGUACUUUGAGGGAUAUUCCCAAGAAAACUAGGAAUCAUUCCUUGACUCUAGUCGAGCACAGAGAUAGUGAAGCAAAUGACUCAGAUCCUGGAACUGCUAUUCCUACUGCACAAAGCAAUGUAGUUUCUUUCUCAAAUGGUGAUGGAUCUGCACUAAUUGCUGAGCACUAAUUGUCUGUGCUAAUAUGGCCAUUGUUUCAGGUAGAUCUUGAUUAGUAGGUUCCUUCAAACUUGUGCUAUAUGUACAGAUAUCAUAGCUACCUUCAUCUGUAUACAAGGUUUUCUCCUCCUAUUCCUCCGUUUAGGGAACUUUUGCAUGAGAUUACCUCUUUUAGAGGGAAAAAACCCAUUCCGGAUGUAUUACCUAAAGCUUCAUCUAUCUUAGCUUUUAUAAUCUUAUAGGCCUUAUGCACCGGUAUCUUAUCCCUCACAAAAAAUCAUCUUAGAUGAACUAUCUAAGCCUCCUUUAUGUACUAAUCAAAUGCAUAUUAGUUGAUGUAAAAGAUGACUAAUCUUUUUCUGUAAAGAUUAAUUGGACUUCAUAUUUCA